AUGGCGGCAUCUCUGUUCACAUACUCCUCAACCUCUCGAAGGGUCAUUCCUGCCCCAAACUCUCCUCCUCUUCCCAUUCACAUCAAGGCCACCAAUGUCGUCUUCAACCCUGACAUUCCAGAAGUGCAUCGAGGUCUUGGACUCGAUGAUUUCGUAAAUUUCUUGGCUUCUUGCCGCCUUCGAUAUGCCAUCAGUGAUGUACCAUCUGAGUUCUUCCCUGAACAAGUAUGUGAAUUCUACUACACUGCAACAGUCAACGAAGAAAACAAUGCCAUCACCGGAACCAUUGGCCAUGGUAGACACUCUGUCUUCAUCACCGCAUAA